AUGGAAAAUCAAGCUCUUUAUCCUUUACAACAACACUUCGUUCAACAAUCUACAUCUCACAUCGAUAAUAAUAAUAUUGAUUUAUAUGAUUUAAAUGCUGUUCAAACGAACGCUAAUAGAAUGUUGUGUCCUCCUGUCUAUGAUAAUCAUGUCAUUAUGAACGAACAAUGCCUUUUCCCACAACAGUUUGAUCAAGUUGGACAACCACUUGUUGGGAUGAUACCAUACCCUCAUCCCAUACUUACGGAUACUUCCGCUUUCGAAAUGGAUCAAAUGGAUCUCAAGCCUAUGCUUACACCACCUGAUAAACCGUACCCUGUUUUCCCGCCUCAUCCGUCUCCUCCCACGCAAUAUUUAAUCGAUGACAGAAUGUAUGGAUGUGUUGAUAGAUCUAUGGUGUCAAAUAAUUCACAUGUUGUUAUGAAUUCUACUGAAGAAAUUAAACAAGUUCCUUCUCCUCCGACCUCGCCUCAACCCGUUCCUCAACCUCCUACUGAGACAUCGAAAAAACAGGUACAAAAGGAAGAGUGUAAACCUGAAAAAACUGAACCAAUCGGAAAAAGCGAAAAAUCUGUUUCAACCGAAAAAGUCGAUGAAGGAUUACCUAUUUCGAUCAAUCCGAAACAGAAAAAUCGAAUCCUUAAGCGAAGAGUCGCCCGUGGUCGCUUUUUGAACACAAACGAUACCGUAAACGCAAGGCGUCAACCCUUCGAAAAUUACAAUACUUUUACACGUGAUCUUUCCGAAUACUUUCACCCAAAUACUCAUUUUCUAUUUCCGAUUGGGUCGAAUCCCGUGCCAGAUGUGAAUUCUUGGGGCGUAACAACUGAAUUAACAAACCUUGAUAGUACGUGUCGUAUGAACGUAUAUUUUGACGGAAACAACGUCAACGCCCCAACGACAAGUGCUAUUAGUCCUUUUGUCACUGCUACACCGACAUCCACGACAUCACCGAUUCAGGUCCAAAACGUUUAUGAGACAAGCAACAACGAAUAUAAUUUACCUCAAUCGCAAAUGUUGCAAUUAAGUUAUCCACCGUCGUUCGCUACCAACAACAUUGGUUGGGAUUACCCCAACUAA